CCAGUUUGGAUCCGCACUAUUAAUUCUCCUUCUGGCGUAGUUAAAACCCCAACCUGUUGGGUCGCUUGGCUCUGUCCUUCUUUAUCCGUACAUGCGAUCAGGUAGCAAAAUGCAUCCAAGUCUUCCUUUCGAAUGCCUUCAAAUAGUCUUCUGCUGUUAGCAAGUUGCCAAGCUUGUUUUUCUAGCAAGCUUCGAUUUUAUGACAUACCCAGAUGCGCCUGUUGGGAAAAAAAACCUGGAUGCUCUGUUGGAGCUUCAGCCUUCUGUGUCUCUUCUUCUCCUCUGUCUCUUUUUAUUAUUUUGGAUGUAUUUGGUCUUUUUACCAGAUAUGUGGAGUUGCAAUAUCUAGAUGGUCAGCUGGAAAAUAAAUGAUUUACUCAAAGUGAAACAGUAAACCUGAAGGGUGAAGGAUAAUCUGGCUCGGUGUUGCACUAUUUUUGGAAUAUACGGUACUUGUUCUGGCAUCUGAGAAGUGGAAAACAACGUGGAAACAUACAAGCUUGAGGCGUGGUCCUGAGCGAGGAGUUAGCAGGCUCAUCCAUCGCGCACAUUCGGAUGCGGCACCAGCUUAGAAUGAUCUGCUUCAGAAGGAAAACCUACUUGGCUAUAGGGAUAUGUCUGGUGGCUUUUGCUUCCAUGCUAACACUUUCCUACCACCAGAUACAGAAAUACCAUCUUUUACCAAAAACGGUUCUGCGGAGAGAUCUUUGCAGAGGAGAAGUCACCAACAAUUCAAUUUCGGUCUUAAAAGGCAAUAGCACAUUGGUCAUUGCUGCCUAUUUUGAUAACAGGCAGGAGAAGACAACGCGUGUUAUUGGCAUCGUGCAUCACGAAAAGGUCAAGGAACAGUAUUGUUGGUUUUGUUGCCCGUCCAGGGACGAAGCCUACGUCUCAAAAGUGGUGACCAAUAUCCAUUCGGAUCGGUUUGGGUUCCCGUAUGCGGUGGCAGACAUGGUCUGCAUGGAGCCCACUAGCUGUGAUCCCCGUUAUGUGGCCUUGCACCCAUUUUCUAACGAAGAUGUCAGUCUCUCGCCGUGGUUUGAGAUCAAAAACCGGAAGCCUCAGGCUUUUCCUGUGGAUUUCACAGUGUGCAUUUCCACCAUGUUUGGAAACUACAACAACGUCCUACAGUUCAUACAGAGCAUGGAAAUGUACAAACUCCUCGGGAUGCAAAAAGUCGUGGUUUAUAAGAACAACUGCAGCCAACUGAUGGAGAAAGUCCUAGAGUUUUAUGUGGCCGAGGGGACGCUGGAGAUUGUUCCCUGGCCAAUCACGUCCUACCUCAACGUUUCUAAAGAAUGGCUUUCUAAGGAUGAUGGGACUCAAAUUGGCUACUAUGGGCAGAUUGCAGCGUUAAAUGACUGUGUGUACCGGAAUAUGUACCGGAGUAGGUAUGUGCUGCUGAACGACAUCGAUGAAAUUAUACUGCCCAUCAAGCAUACAAAUUGGAAAGCCAUGAUGGAGAGCCUGGAGGAGCAGAACCCAGAGGCUGGCGUCUUCCUCUUUGAGAGCCACCUCUUUCCUAACACCAUAUUCGCCCCCAACGCCAUUGACGUUCCCUCCUGGAACACGGUCCCUGGAGUCAACAUAUUGCACCACGUUCUCCGAGAACCGGAUCGGAAAGAGAUCAUCAACCCACGGAAGAUCAUUGUCGAUCCCAGGAAGGUGGUCCAGACUUCGGUUCACUCUGUCCUCCAAGCCUUUGGCGAAAGCGUGGAGGUUCCUAUGGACAUCGCGAUGGUGCAUCAUUGCCGACUCCCCCACCAACCAUCCCUGCCCCAAAAAUUCCUCAUUAGGGACACCACGCUCUGGAGAUACAACUCGUUACUCAUCCACAGUGUUAGCCAGGUGCUACAAAAGAUACCAUUGUCACCAGAGAAGCCAUAAACACAGAGCAGAAGGGAUGAAAUCCUGGUCAGCAUUUCAUAAUGUGUUGUCAAAGACUUUCAUGGCUGGAAUCACUGGGGUGUUGUGUGGUUUCCGGGCUUUAUGGCCAUGUUCUAGCAGCAUUUACUCCUGACGUUUUGCCUGCAUCUGUGGCUGGCAUCUUCAGAGGCGAAAUGUCAUGAGAAAAUCCUGCUAGAACAAGUAUGGGUAAACCCAGGCC